AUGAUGUUGAGAUCGUUUUUGGAGAAUGCAAAGUCUUUCUUAACAAAAGAGUGUUGCAUCUACACAGUACCUUUAAAUAUUCGCAAACUCAACAAAGAUGCUUACAUUCCAUAUGUUGUUUCCAUUGGCCCUUUUCACCACGACACCAUCGAUCGUCUUCGGGACAUGGAAAGUCACAAAGUAAUGUAUUGCAAGUCAUUUCUUGAUCGAACCCAUACAACAUCCGAAAGCUGGAUCAGCUACAUUGAACGUGAGGAGCCCAAGAUUCGCAGUUGUUACUCAGGCACGCUUGUGUUCGACAAGAAGAAACUGUUACAGAUAAUGUUUGUGGAUUGCGGUUUUAUACUUGAACUCUUUUGGAGAAAAUAUUAUGACAACGGGUUAAGUGAUGACAUCAAUUGUCUUUCAGCACCAUGGUUGGACAAUAUUAUAGCAUGUGAUUUGGUAUUACUUGAAAAUCAAGUCCCCUUUUUUGUCCUUGACAAACUCUUUUCUAUAUCCUCUAAAUUUUGGACUACCUAUGAAUAUACUACCUACGGUCCUAAUUGUAAUAUCCCUUCGUCCAUCGAGCUUACGUAUAGGUUUUUUGGCGCUUUCAAUAGAUCUCAGUUGACUUUUGUCAACAAUAACAAGAUAAAACACUUCACUGAUCUGAUAAGAGUCUUUCACUUGAAACUUCCUUUGAGGGGAGAAGAAGAACUUUCAAGAAGCGACGAAUUGUUGAAACAUCUUCCCAGUGCUACUGAGUUGUCAGAAGCAUGA